UUUUGCUUUGUGUAAUUACUGGUGCACGAUCAGCAAUUGGCACAAUGUCAUCUCGGAACCUGAGAAAGCUGAAAGGGAAGCCAGCUAUUGCUGAGGAGCCAUCUCCCCUUCACCCUGGGGAUGAGGAGGAGGCUGAUGACCUGACCAGUGACACUUCAUCUCGGCCAGCCAACAUCUUCAGCUUACUGAAUGAGUCGCAGUCGGAGACCGACGUCAAGGAGGAUGACGACGUCGACACGAGUGCGCCGGCGCCGCUGCCGCAGACGCAGGGGAAGCGGAAGCGCAAGAAGAAGAAGUCCUCGCGCCGUCCGGCGGCUGCCAGUAGCGAGGAUAACACGGUGUCGGAGGUGGACGAGGUCGACGCCAGCGUGCUGGAGGUGAACCGUCUUCUCGGAGAGAUCACUGUCCAGUCGCCGGCCACGGAACAGACCAACAGCACCAUCGUCAAAAACGUGCUCACCAUUGAGCGCAAACAUCUGAACCCGGACGCGGAGAUGCGCCGCAUGUUCGGCCGUGACGUGGUGGACCAGCGGCGGACGGGCCGGCGCCGCGGGCCCGGCCACCCGCGCUCCUUCUCCAUGGUCACGAACGUGCACCGCUUCCCGCCGCCCGUCAAACUCGGUUUAUCGAUGGAGCUAGUGGAACAGCGUGGCUCGGAGCAGUGGUUUCAGUUUGUGCACGGCCCCCAGUACCAGGAGGUGGAACACCAGUUCCUGGCCGCUGUAGAGUCCGUCAACCCUGACAACAUUCUGGCGCUGAUGAACCGCCACCCGGGCCACGUGAACUCGAUGCUGCAGCUGUCGGACGUGUGCCGUCUGGGCGAGGACCUGGCGCUCUCGGCCGAGCUGCUGGAGCGGGCGCUGUUUACCAUGGAGGCGGCCGCCCACCCGCUGUUCUCCGUGACGGCGGGCACCGCGCGGCUCGACUACCGGCGCAGGGAGAAUAGGCCUCUGUUCCUGGCGCUGUUCCGGCACGCGCGGGCGCUGAGCGAGCGCGGCUGCCACCGCACGGCGCUCGAGUUCUGUAAGCUGCUGCUGUCCGUCCAGCCGUCCGACGAUCCGCUCGGUGCCGUGCUGCUGGUCUGUCACUACGCGCUGAGGGCGCACGAGUACCAGUGGCUAGUCAGGUUCCACGCCCAGUGGGAGCCGGUCCGAAACCUGUCUCAGCUGCCCAGUUUCGCCUACUCGGUGCCAUACGCGCACCUUCUGCUGGCGGAGGCGGCGGGUGACUCGACUGAGGCUGAAAGACUGAGACAACAGGCUGACGCCGGCCUGCAGCGGGCACUGCUGCUCUUCCCCAGCCUGCUGCCGCUGCUCAACGACAAGUGUGACGUCACUCCGUGCCAGGAGGUGCGCGAGUGUCCGCUGUUCCAGCCGGCCGCCGAGAGGAGCCAGGCGCAGGCGCUAACCAUGCUGUGUCGCCUGUAUGCCGAGCGGUCGUCCGAUCUCUGGAAGACCUCCACGGUGGCUCCCUGGCUGCAGCGGAACGCACUGGAGUCGGCUCGCCUGGUCGAACAGAAGGACCCGCGCGUCGCCGAGGGACAGGAGGCCAGAAAGAAAAGGUACCCGGGUAUGCCGCUCUCCAUCUGCCGUCACGUCGUAGUGGCCGAUGUCAAAGAAGUUAUGGGACUUUUACCGCCGGAGAUCACCUCUCGGCCGGUGGUGGGCCACGACCCGCUGCCGCCGCCGGAUGGCACCUCCGGCUACACGCUGACCCGGCGGCCGCGGGCCGCGCUGGGCUCCAGCAACCCGUUCGCCGCCUUCUUCUACUCGAUGCUGCCCAACUUCGACCCCAACAACCCGCCCGAGGCCCUGCUCGACGACGGACACGCUGUGGCCGCAGCAGCGGCGGCGGCGGGUGGCGCCGGGCCGGCCGGCGAGGACCCGGGCCUGGGCGGCGAGCUGCGCACCUCCGUGGUCUCCCUACUGGACGCCAUGCGUGACCUGCUGACCAACCUGUCGCCCAUGCCGGCCACGGUCGAUGAAGACGCCGACCUAGACGAGUCGGAUGACGAGGCCUGGGCCGACGCGUGAUAUGCACGGGAGGACGGUACUGGGUGACUGGCUCUGCGCACUGACCGGGCGCCGUGGGAUCUAAAGGACACCAAUCCGCCUCCGUGGGACCGUUCCGUGAGCAGCGUUCGUCACUUUUGCUGCGCCGGUCAACCAGGGACUGCCAGGGACUAUCAACGGACACGGAGCUUGUGGACAUCUUGCCGCCGCCCUUUAACGGAAAUGAAUCGUGCGAAUGGGAGCUGAGCUGCCACUGAUGGUGAAUGCCAGAUACUGUGCCGUCGUGAGGAAGCCUAUUUUUGCAGGUUGUGAUAGUGAACGAGACGCUUUGUUGGGUUUGUAGGAUAGCCGUGCCUGGGUUUGGGAGCGCACUUUGUAUAUUAUCGUGAUUGCGUCCCAUGCUCCGUCCUGGGCGAUGGACAUCAAUAUAUGGACUGAAAUCGGAAAAAAAAAACUUUU